AUGGUCUCCAGAUGGGGCAUCGCCCCAACCUUCACCCCUCACGCCACUCAGUGUGGCCGGAGUCCGCAGACGAAUCCCGUCCGCGGAGCAAUAGACGUCCCGCCGGAUCACCGAUUCGGCCCAAUACGGGUGGACACCACCCCGCCACGACCACGGCCAGCCGAGGCCGCCCACACGCCUGCCGACCAGGGCAAGCAGCCACUCACGGAUCAGGGGCCGCCGCCUUUGGUCCCGCUACGCACGACCCGGGCUCCAUCGACCCAGGCCACCCAGGAGGGAAGCCACCGCCACGGGCAGCGCCACAGGCAGCCGGCCCGUCGACGCGUCCGCACACCGGCCAGGUGUCCCCACGACGCCUACCGGCAACCAGGGGCAGCCACCACGGGCAGCACCUCGAGCAACCGCUCCAUCGACGCGCCCGCACACCGGUCGGGCCACUACAAUGUCUACCGGCCACCGCCUGGGACACGCGCAGUCCAGGCUGUAGCGGCACCAGACCCAGACGGCGAGGUGGAAGCGGCGCUACGAGAGUGCCUAGGCGACCUUCCACCCGACGUACUGGAGGAGAUGGCCCACGGGGCAGAAGGGUUGGAUCUGGAGGACCUUUUCGGGGAGUCUCCCGACGAGGACGGAGUAGAGCUCCCAAUGCGCCCCGUCUCCAACCAAUCCGCCGACGAGCCACGGACCCCGUCACCUCAAUUCCAGCCGGAUUACGAGGAGAUCUCCAGCGACGAGGGAGUAGAGGCCGAGAUCAUCCAGAUCUCGACUCCGACGACGCCGAGCCAAGGUUCGGCCAAUCAUUCGGAGCCACGUUCCGCCAGGGACGACCACCCACACCAGCACCGGCACGCCGAGGCCGCCGACGGAGUGCGCCCUGGGCCGAUAGCCACAAGCGAAUCCUCGUCCGGGACCCCGCGAUCGCCAAGGUCACCGCUGGCUACCGUUCUCGACGGCUGGAGCACGCCCAACGGCACGCUACCCGCCGGGCUCAUCAGUCGGAUCCAGCAGCCAACAGACGAAGGGCCCGACGCUACCUGGAGGAGGAACAGGGUCAGCGAUUCCGGGUGCAGCUGA